AUGUGUGCAGAUACUAAGAGUUCGCUACUGCAUCGGGGCUUGCAAUUUCUGGAGAAAAAUGAUGAGAGGAGGACUGGCGAGCGCAAACCACCCAUGUUCGGAGACUAUGAAGCUCAGCGCCAUUGGAUGGAGAUUACGACUAAUUUGCCACUGUCUGACUGGUAUUUCAACACCACGUCAAAUGAUUUGAUGUACUGGGGUCUGGACUAUCCGCCUCUGACUGCCUACGUCUCAUACCUGGGUACGAGUCGGCGACCAGCAAGCUAUCUAGCUCGUGUAAUUUACGGAAGCAAGCAGUGGACGCAGCGCUCAGCGUUUUUUUUGCUGAUUUUGCUGGAACCUGCAAUUUUGCUUAUUGAUCAUGGCCACUUUCAAUACAAUAAUGUGAGCUUGGGCUUCACAGCUUUAAGUGUGGCUCUCAUUGUUGAAGGUCACGAAUUUCUGGGCAGUAUUUGCUAUUGUCUAGCGCUUAACUUUAAGCAAAUGGCGUUAUACUAUUCUCCUGCGUUUGGGAUAUUUUUAUUUGUACGCUGUCUUUACCGAAAGAUGUGCGUUUUACAUCUUGCAAAACUUGUGAUUGCGGUCAUCAUCACGUUUGCGCUCAUGUGGGCUCCAUUUUGCGCAUAUCCAUCAGCGAUGGAGACUUGUUGGUCUUCGUUAACACAAGUUGCUUCUCGUAAUUUCCCCUUUAAUCGAGGGCUAUUCGAAGAUAAGGUCGCAAACUUUUGGUGUAUCGCCGAUUUUAUUUUUAAAAUUCGUCGGCAUGUUACUCCUGCAGUGCAGAUGCGUCUUUGCACUUUGAUGACCAUAAUGGGAUUUUUUCCGUCAAUUUUUGACUUAUUACGACGAAAGCCUACGAGCCUGCGGUUCGUUUUGUCACUUGCAAUCUGCUCGCUUUCAUUCUACCUGUUUUCCUUUCAAGUUCAUGAGAAGUCGAUUUUAUUGCCGCUGUUGCCAAUGUCAUUUCUAUUUGCGCACAAUGCACUUUUGUCAGGAUGGUUUAGCGUGGUAUCUACUUUCAGCAUGUAUUUUUUGUUGAAGAAAGAUGGUCUUGCCAUUCCCUACAUCGUGUUGCAAGUCGCCUUUGCAGGGAUUGCGGUGUCUCCAUUUCUUCUAUCGGGGGCAUCAAAGCAUCUUCAUGCGCAGCAAUCUAGUUGUGCGCCAGGCUUUAAGCAUGAUGGAAAUGUCAACCCAUAUCUUCAGGCUUACGUCUCGCUAUCUCUGCUCGGUAUAGCCUCGAUACACGCCGCUCAAGCUUUGAUUACUCCGCCCCCAAGAUAUCCCCACAUCCACGACUACGUUUUUGCUGCCUAUUCCUGUGGUCAUUUUUUACUUGUGCUGGUGUAUUUAACGUAUUGGCAGUGGACUGCAGAGACUCAAAGCGUGAAAGCCAAAACCGAAUAG